GUCAUGUGACCUGCAGCGCCGACGUUGUUUCGCUUUGCAGGCAGGGGCACCGAAGUGUCAAAAUGAAUUCCUUUUAUUACAGCUAGACGAUUACCAGAGCCACGACAGUCCAGUCGCCGAAUCGACCAAUGCGGAUGGGUUUGUUCGUCAACCAUUUUAUCUACAAAUGUGACUCGGGUUAACUAUAUAGUGAUAAACGACAACUCGCAGGCCUCUGUAGUUCCAGCCGACAGGAGGAACAGUGGGCCACGGACCGAGGUUGUGUUGAUGGGAAGAAGGGAGGGCUGCAUCAUGGAAGUUGUUCUCUCUGCCACCCAGGGUUCGGUUCGUACAGAAUGUGAUGAAUCGCAAUAGAAUUCUGGAUAUCCACCAAGUCGAACCAUGAACUAGUUUACAUGUGGUGUGUCAUCAACAACUAACAUACUCGGACUGACAGAAUGAACGGCCCUCAGCAGAAUGGCGCAAAGAGACAACACCUGCUGGAGCGGCUGCUUGACUCUGUCAAACAGUGCCAAAUCCGCUUUGGAGGAAGAAAGGAGAUCGCCUCAGAUUCCGACAGCAGGGUGAUCUGUUUGUGUGCCCAGUUUGAGGCUGUCCUCCAGCAUGGCCUGAGGAAGACCAGAGGCCUGGCUCUCACUGCUGCUGCCAUAAAGCAAGCCGCAGGCUUCACCAGCAAGACUGAAGCAGAGCUGACGUUCUGGUUCUAUGUGAAGGAGUAUCUGAACCGCCAUGAGCUGCAGCGGUUCUACUCCCUGAGACACAUCUCCUCUGAGUUGGGCCGCGGCCGAGCCUGGCUCCGCUGUGCCCUCAAUGAACACUCACUAGAGCGCUACCUACACACUCUGCUUGCAGACCGCAUGCGCCCUGGCACCUUCUAUGAAGACUGGGCGUUUAUUCUGGAUGAGGAGCGAGCCAGCAUGCUGCCCACCAUGGCUGCAGGACUGAACUCCAUCCUGUUUGCCAUCAACAUCGACAAUAAAGACCUAAAUGGUGUGAUCCGAGCAGGCUCCUCCUCUUCCGUGAGCCACCUCCUGAAGGAGUCCACCCAGGGCAUAGGGAGCUUAUGGAAGGAGUCGACCCAGGGGGUGAGCACUCUGCUCAGGGAGAUCAGCACCACCACCACUGUGGUGCCAGGCUUCAUCCCCACCCACUGCCCUGACAGCUCCACAGACCCACUGCCUGUCCUGCCCCGCAGCGCCUCCGCAGACUCUGGCCUGAGGAAGGAGCGACGGAGGAAAAAGAAAAUCACCAACAUCAUCUCUUUCGAUGACGACCUGGAUGGGGGAGCAGAGGACGAGGAUGAGGAGGUGGAGGGGAGUACUGCCACUCUCAGGAAGAGCACCACUGCUCCUCAGGUCAGUCUGGAGGAGGGCACUGACCCACUGGAGCCCUCCUCCUCCCUCUCGCCUCCCCAGAACGGGAUGCCCGAGCCUGGGAUAGUCAGCUGGGCCGGGUCUCCUCCUUUCUCCAGGGCUCUGCCAGACUCCAAGAUUAUUUAUAAUGAUGAGGAAGAGGAGGUGUACAAGAGCAGACCACAGCUUCAGAGCCCCCUCCAUGACGGGGCCAGCACUAACCAAGUGGUGGUGGGGAGCCUAUCCAGUGUGUCCACGUGUAGCCCUCUGCAGGCCAUGACUGAUCAUGACAGUUCAAACAUCCUCAUUCCUGUGGCCUCCAGCCACUCCUACUCUCAGCCAGUCGGUUCAGUGGAGGAUACGGUUGCAUUUCCUGUACAGACAGAUUCCACAGGCAACCACGAGACAACCAGAACCCAGCUGCAGUUCAACUUGGAGGCCAGCCCGCCUGGCCAGAAUGCACCUCUCUCCAGUGUCCUUCCCAGUGCCACCCCCGGUCUACCAGAGUCCAUGACAGUGGUGGAGCUCCACCAGGCCAUAGUAGCCAUGAUGAACAGGAAGGAUGAGCUGGAUGAACACAACAUGUCCCUGCGUAGCUUGCUGGAUGGGGAGAUGGAGCACUCUGCUGGGCUGAGGCAGGAGACAGACGCCCUGAGGAGACGCCUGGAUGAGCUGGAGGAGAGACACACAGCCAAGGUGCAGGCUCUGGGCAGAGAGAACGAGGUCCUCAAGGUCCAGCUGAAGAAAUACGUGGGGGCUGUUCAGAUGCUGAAGAGAGAGGGGAGCCAGGGCAAUGACACUGUUCUCCCCAUGGUGAGGAACUGUGAUGGUUCUACUCUGGCCCCUCAGAGCAGGACUAUGGGGGAUGUGGAGGAGCUGGCUGCCAGCUACGAACGCAAACUCAUAGAGGUGGCUGAGAUGCAUGGCGAGUUGAUAGAGUUCAAUGAGCGUCUGUACCGUUCUAUGAUGGCCAAGGACCACCUCAUCAUCCAGAUGAAACAGGAACUCAUCGACCUCAGAGGACCAGUUCCUGGUGACCUGAGCCAGACUUCUGACGACCCCAGCCUAUCAGAUUUUGAGACGGCUCACCGUGCUCUAAUCAAUGUCUGGAUUCCCUCUGUGUUUCUGCAAGGCCGCGCUGCCAACGCUUACCAUGUAUACCAGGUGUACAUCCGUAUCCUGGACAAUGAGUGGAAUGUCUACAGACGCUACACAGAAUUCCGGGCACUCCACAACUACUUACGCUCACAAUUCCCACAGGUCGACAACUUCAGCUUCCCACCCAAGAAAGCCAUAGGGAACAAGGAUGCCAGGUUUGUAGAGGAGCGUAGGAAACAGCUGCAGUCGUAUCUGAGGAUGGUGUUGAACAAGCUGAUCCAGACCCUGCCAGAGUUCUCUGCUAAACCCACCAAGGAGACCCUGCUGCAGCUGCUGCCCUUCUGCCUGGACAUUCCAGUGGCCAGCGAGGGGAGCAGUAAGACGGCUCGGUCCAAAUCCUCGUCAAGCUUCCCCAUACUUGGGCGCAGCCACAACCAGGAGGGCCGCAACCUAGAGCCCCAGAGUGGCGACCUCUAACCUUUAGCCUCUGACCUGUGACUUCUUCUUUGAUUGGAUUAAACAGAAGAGUUUGUUGGUGCUCCUCCUGGAUGGAUUAUGAGCCAUAGAGAGGGACAGAACGGCUAAUGGCUAUGCAGGCGAGAGGCAUGACACUGCUCCUCCUUUAGGCUUUCUACAGGUUUCCAACAGCAGGACAUUAUAUCCUCCCUCUCUGGGAUCUACAGAGGCAGACUCUUCCUUCUCUCUGACCCUGCCUAAAGAUUUUACUCAAAGACCACACGUGGAAUAGCUGGGUCAACAACAGACAUUGAACCAAGAUGGGGGGGACUGUUUCCUAAUUUUACUCAGUUUUGUAGUGAAACUGUAUCAUGGUCAGUGUUUUCUAGCUUCUUUGCAGUGAGGGGACAUAUAGAAAUGUGUUCUUUAUACAAUGUUUUUUUCUUGGCGAAUGUCAGCAUUUUGGUGCCAUUUUUUGAUUUUGACAUCAUCCCUUUACCUGACAUUAGCCAAAGCGAUGGGCGUUCAUCUUUUAUAUUUAUGUUACCAAACUGUUACAAUACGAUAAUCUGCACAAUAUCAUAUUCCAUCACACAAUUUAAGGAUUUUAUCAAUGCAAAUAAAUCUGCUGGAUUGACUAUCCAGCCGUUCCAAUGAUUGUGAACUGAAUGUAACUUAGGAGACUUAAAAGUGAAUAGAUCGUAGAUGAACGCUUGAAGAGAAGCUUGAUCAAGUGCAUGAAACGUGUGCACUGCUUUAACUUAAAUACAUACAGUACAUAUUACUCAAGAAUAGAGAGUACUGGACUUGGAAAGAAAAUAAGAGAUUACUUGGCAAAUAUUGAUGGAAGUUGUUCUUAUGACUGCCCCCAGGCAGCUGUCCAAUCAGAACUGUUAAAAUAAGACGUAAACAGGAAGUAGCAGAUGAUAACCUAGAAUGUAAAUCAGUUUGUACACAUCAAUAAUAUGAGCAAAUUAUAAAAUUAUUACCACUCUUCUUUUGAAGCACAAUAAUCAAGUAUUAAUGAUAAACAAGAAAAAAAAGUCAUUAACUAUGACAAAUGGUCAUGGGACAAUGUUGGUUCUUGAUGAUUAAUUAAGGGCAUGAACAUUAGAAAUGUAAAUAAAAUCAGAUGGCUGUACAUUAUGUAUACCUCAGCAAUAAGGCACGAAGGACUGUGUUAUAUGGCCAAUAUACCACGGCUAAGGUGUAACGGGAUUCUUCUGUUGAAGGAGAUGCGGACCAAAACGCAGCGUGGUUAUUGUGAUACAUCUUUAACAAGGAUGAAAAUAGAACAAUAUACAAAAAAAAGAAAUGUGAAAAACCAAAAACAGCCCUAUCUGGUGUAACAAACACAAAGACAGGAACAAUCACCCACAAACCCCAACACCAAACAGGCGACCUAAAUAUGGUUCCCAAUCAGAGACAAUGACUAACACCUGUCUCUGAUUGAGAACCAUAUCAGGCCAAACACAGAAACAGACAAACUAAACAGACAACAUAGAAUGCCCACUCAGAUCACACCCUGACCAAACAAAACAUAGAAACAUACAAAGCAAACUAUGGUCAGGGUGUAAGGGCUGUUCUUGAGGGCUGUUCUUGGCACGACGCAAUAAGGCACCUCGGUGCCUUAUUGCUAUUAUAAACUGGUUACCAACCUAAUUAGAGCAUUAAAUAGAAAUGCUUUGUCAUAUCCGUGGUAUACGUCUGUCAGCCAAUCAGCAUUCAGGGCUCGAACCACCCAGGUUAUAAAUUAAUGUACAUACUGUGCCCGGUAUGUGUAUGGUGGAUAGAUGUGUGUAUGGAUGAAAAUUAAAAUAUAUAUAUACAGUACCAGUCACAAGUUUGGACACACCUACUCAUUCAAGGGUUUUUCUUUAUUUGUACUAUUUUCUACAUUAUAGAAUAAUAGUGAAGACAUCACAUUUAUGAAAUAACACAUGGAAUCAUGUAGUAACCAGAAAAUAUUUUAUAUUUGAGAUUCUUUAAGGUAGCCACCCAUUGCCUUGAUGACAGCUUUGCACACUCUUGACAUCGCCUGACUACUUUGAAGAAUCUCAAAUCUAAAAUAUAUUUUGAUUUGUUUAACACAUUUUUGGUUACUGACUGAUUCCAUGUGUUAUUUCAUAGUUUUGGAUGUCUUCACUAUUAUUCUGAAAUGUAGAAAAUAGUCAAAAAUAAAGAAAAACCCUUGAAUGAGUAGGUGUGUCCAAACGUUUGACUGGUCCUGUACAUAGACACACACUCACGGGCCAGUUUAUUAGGUACACCCAUCUGAUCUGACAUGCAGACGCGAUGAUAUUAUGCAAUUGCUGCAGAUUGGACGGUGGUACAUUCACGCUGCGAACAGCCCGUUUCAUCUAAUUUCAAAGACGCUCCAUUGGGUUGAGGUCUGGGGAAUAACCAGGCCACUCAAGUAAAUUGAACUCGCUGUCAUGUUCCAGGCGAUGUUUUUCCACUCCUCAAUUGUCCAGUGUUGCUGUUUUGUGUUUUUGCGGUCUUUUUCUUCCAAUCUUUUGUUUACUAAGA